UUAAUUGGUGUUUUAGGUUGGAAUGAAAUAAGUGGCUUAGAAAUAAUCACUGAACCAAAUGAAACGACAAUUUCCUUCACUGGAUCCAACCAAACAUUUACUUGGAAUUUUAACCUCACUUUGGAGGAGAAAUCAAAGCAACCGACAGUCAUCUUUGCUCACUGGAGUAAAGAAAGAGAAAGUAUUUCAGGUUACCACUGGGUAACAGUUAUUCGAGAAUCAAAUGGAAGCGAAUCAGUGAAAAAAUAUACAGAGACCUUAAUCACAAGGCGUUUACAGUGGGUGGGAGACUUGGCCCGUGGCUUUGUGGCUUUCCAACUUCUGAACGUUCAAUUAAAAGAUUCUUCCGAUUAUGGGAUCAGGUUCUGCAUUGAUCGUUGCCGUCAUUUAAAAGAAAGUGGGUUUACACUAUUCGUUCAGGUAAGAAAUAAUUUCUUUUCCAAAAAAUCUGUAACUUUCUAAAAGAGUACUCCACAGUUCGAGAAAUGGUCAUUUGCGCAUUAGAUAAACUGGAAGAGAAGAACUUUGUCAGGUAAAACGCGCGAGCUAUAAGCUUUGCGCAGUCACUUCUUUUACAUUAUUAAUGAUGUCUGUUUCAUCAAAAAUCUCUUUGUAACGCAAACAAUUUUUCCAUUCGCGCUUGUUGGAUACGAGAUUGGCUACAGACAACUCGACGCAAUGCGCCUUGUUGGCUAUUUAACGUCUCAUAUCCAGCGCGCUUGUGGAAAAAUUGCUAAUCGAGUGAAUUGAGCUGAUUGGCUGUUUCAGAAGUGAAUAGCAUAUAUUAUUCACUUCCGAGCAGCCGAGGAGACAAAAUUACUCUUCAAGUGUUUAUAUAGUUUUUUUUUGGCAUCUGUGAGGUAUAUGCUAAAAAAUUAUUUACCUCAGUGUCGGUGAAAGUGUCUGAUUGGCUGUUUCGGAAGUGAAUAGCAUGUAUUAUUCACUUCCGAGCAGCCGGAGAGCCAAUUUUAAAACAUUAUUUACCUCAGAGUCGGUGAAAGAAGUGAAUAUUUACCUCACUGCUUCGUGACUCGGUAAAUAUCUACCACUUUUCAUCUCCUCUAUCGUGAUUAUUGAUAACUUUUUCCUCCAAGCAACGCGCGCAGGAAUUGCAGCAGGAAUCGUUGUAGGAAUAAUCGAUUUAGAAUUUUUUCUGUGCCAUACUGUCUCAAUGUUUUAGUACAUACUAAAGCAAAUACUCACCUCAGUGUCGGUGGCUUGCGAUGGAUAUUUACCGAGCUGCAAAGCGGCAAGGUUAAUUUCCACCACUAGCAGUGGUGAAUGGUUGUGAAGUGUACGAGUUUUCCCAGGUUUGCUUCAAUGCUAUGUUUUUUAGAGUUUUCACAGGCGGAGAGCCACUUUGUGAAGUCUUGUAAUUAGACUAAAGAACAACAUUUCUGCCCUCACAGGAUCCACCUCCAUCACCAACGAGACCACCAGGUAAUCCCUCUCUUUUCUCCUUUUCCUUAGAAUACAUAGAUAACCGUUAACCGUUAACCGUUAACCGUUAACCGUUAACCGUUAACCGUUAACCGUUAACCGUUAACCGUUAACCGUUAACCGUUAACCGUUAACCGUUAACCGUUAACCGUUAACCGUUCGAUGUUCAAUGCUUAUAAUUUUUUUUUGUCGAGAAAUGUAAUUGUUAUUAGACAGGCUGUCCUGAAAAUGCUAAAAUCACGACUGUAAAUGUCGGUGAUGGAGUCAGUUGAUUGACGCGCAGGUUGAGUUAGCGAGCCUUUUUGUGAGGAGUUAGCCUGACAUAAGUUUAGAAGGGGUUAUAGAUGUUCCUAAUGAUAGAAAUGGUGCAACCGUGUCUGAUGCAGACGCUGGAGAUCAUAACCAUUCUUUGUCAUUCAGAACCUGAAAAUAUAACCCUCGAGAUCAAGGAAGGAGAACCACUGAACAUCACUUGCUGUGCCAGAAUGAGGACGGAAAGUACAUCUGUCAUGUGGCUGAAAGACAACCGACUCAUCAAGAAAGGACGAAACAGAUUCCUCUUCAUUCAAAGUAUAAAUAAAUCACAAGCUGGAAGCUAUAUGUGUGUUUCAAUGUCCCAAUUCGGAGAUCACAGCCCGUCUUUUACUGCUGUUGAUGUUCUAUGUGAGUAUUUUGAAGUGUGCCCAACUCAUCAGUUGCUAGUUUAAAAUGAAGCCUCUAUUUUCUAACAAGAGAAUCCCGCUAUCCAUCCAUAGAUUUUUCCAUAAAAUUAAUGCACAUACACAUACCGGGAACUUUUUGAUGCAAAAAUUUCACACUAGGCCAUAGAAGAACCGAUUAAGCCCGAGAAGUGUUUACCCUUGUGUAAAUUUUUGUCUAAACAGUUUGCCUUCUUUCAGAUGCACCGAAAAUAAUCAACCCUAAUAAAAAAGUGGCUUUGGAGUUAACAAGAGGAAAUUCAACCAGGCUUAAAUGUGCAGCCAAUGCAAAUCCUUCCCCGACUUUCACUUGGUACACGCACGAUGGAGAGAUUACGCAAGGUUUUUCACAUACCUCAAACUCAAGUUCCUUGAUAGUCACUCCCAUAAAUGAAGAGACUUUACAAGUUACAUAUGUCUAGCAACCAAUAAGAUAGCGAAUGACUCGGUGACGUUCACGUUGCACGAAAAGGGUAAGUAUAAUAACAGCCUGGUCACGAUAUCUAUUUUGAGUUAGAACAGUUACCAAAGCCUUGCAACCCAGGAGACCUCAAAGAUCCAUUAUGCAGAUAGUAACUCGGUUAGUUACACGAAUCCACAAAUAACGAGAAACAUAGUAUGCAUGCGCACGGAAUUAACGCUUAGAAAGUGGACUGUAAUUAUUAUGACUGAGCCUAGUUGAUAAUCGUGUCUUUUACUGGUCAAAACCAUGAUAAAUCGUGAAAUAUCCCACAGGUAUCAGAAAACACCCAAAGUUACACGAAGAACCUGAAACAAGUGCCCCCAAAAAUGUCAAUGCAGGUUAGUUCCUCAGGAGAAAAGUUCAUGAAUAUUACUCUCUAGCAUUCGGAAUUAUUUUGAAAACAGUUACUUAGCUUAAAUUCUGCAUACUGCGCGCUCAAUUUGACCGCCUAUAUGUGAACAUUUUCGCACGAGCUUGAACGUUAUUUAGAUUAUAUCGUUGAGCCCUUCAGAAAUUAUAAUUUGGAAUUUUCCGUCGUUAUAUUAUGCACGACAAAGCAAUACAUAACAUCGUUUUACAUCAAGGAGAUAUGCCUUGUGAUGAAAAAUUCCAGUUUUUUUCUGGCGGGAAGACGCAUUGGAUCAACUUUCGGGCCAUUUCAUAGGGCAGACUGUGCUAACUGAGAGAAAAUUCCAAAUUUUAGGGAGUAAAGAAAUAUUUCAGUUUUCUAAGUUUCCUUGGGUUUUGUUAGAACCUGUAUUUUCAAUGUCCUUAAUUGCCGAUUAAAUUAGAUUAUAAGUGAUUUAGAAGAACUACUCUCUCGAAAACAGAUGGCAAAGAGUCACUCACCAAGUACCUGUCUAUAACAGCGGGCUUAGCGGUGAUCGCGAUCUUUGCUCUCUUCAUCCAACGAUAUGUGGCUAAGAGAUCCAGAGGACAGACAAAUCAGCGAACACGUGAGUAAAUAUCUGGUUAAAAACUAACCUUAUAAAUGAUUUUGACAUACAUUGUCUUAUAGUUUUAUACACUUUUAAUUAAUGAUGCUGUGAGUAACGUGAAUUAAUUUUGCCAUUUCAGGUGAAGAAGCCGAUGAGCUCCAAAUGUAUGUAUUUAUUAAUUCCUGAAUGAAUUAUCACUCCCUAUCAAACAGGAGGCGAGAGGUUUUCGCAGAAUGAAUACUUUUAAAAAUAAUAACUAACAACACAGACUAAUUCACUUUAGCCGAAUGUUUUUCUAGUGCCGUUUGUGUCUAACUCCAUUUAUUUUUCCCGUCAUCUUUGCCACUCCUCACUCUCCCCCUUCCCCCACCAAUAUGGCUGAGUAUAGCCUAAGCUCUGACGUUAUCUGUUACCAGGGUGUCCUUGAGAUCGCAAGCCACAUGCAACGAGAUUUUUCCAAAUGGAGCUUGCAGCGUAUCCUCAUCGGGUGACCCUGGAUGGGAAAUACCGCGAGCAAGGCUGAAUGUGGAGAAGGUUAUUGGGCGUGGCGCAUUUGGCGUGGUGUCACGAGGCUUAGCGUUUGAUUUGCCGGGAAAACCAGGAUGGACUGUGGUAGCAGUGAAGAGCGUUCAAGGUUACAUUUCCCCUUAUUUUUCACUAAAAAAAGACCUUUUGUACACUUGGGAACUUAUAAAAAAAGACUCUAAUACAAGAAAUACAUGUACACUUAAAACCAUCAAGCUUUGAUCCGAGCAAUGUCGUAAACAUUUGAUGAAAUGAUCAGUGUGGCGCUGGAGAGAAGUUAGAUUUUAUAGAAUUGGUCAUUUUAAUGUUGCUUAAAUCCUGAUUUAAAUGGAAUUUUGGUUUGUUGGUAUUUACAAAGAUGAUGCUUCAGAAAAAGAGAAGUCAGACCUGUUGUCAGAGAUGUCACUCCUUAAACACCUAGAUCCCCAUCCUCACGUCAUCCGCCUUUACGGCUGUGUUACUACUGAAGGUGAGCUUGAGGUAGUGGCAUCUUUGCUGUCAAUGUCAUCUGUGGAAGUGUUGCCGGGGUGCACGAGUCUUGUUUCAUUGUUACGUCGUCCUUGCAUGUAUAUGCGUCAGUUACAGUUUGUAACUUGGUGUGCUGAGAUUAUGCAAUGAUCUCAGCACAUCUUGAACUACUGUGUGUUAAUUACAUUGUGGAAAGGCCUUGUUUCCAAAUAUUCUUAGAUAAGGGGGCCUGCAAAGUUGCUUACAGCUCGUACAGCCGAUAAAGAAGCUCUUGAGUCUAACCAAAGUCCUCUGAAGAGUGUUGUAAACGCAUAGGAGAAAAUUCAUUUGGACAAACGGACUAUAUAAUCAACAUCAUCUUUAUAAUUUACUUUGCGACACUUGUUAAAGACUUCUAUAGGAAAUCCAGUCAGUCAUGUACAUGAUCAGCUAACUCAAGUGUCUAAUGAAUAAAUCGAGAAAUAGCUGAUAACCAGAAUAUGUUGUUAAUUGAAGGCCACUUAUAGGUAAAGUUGAAAUUUCUCGUAUUUCAGCCCGGCCACUCGUAGUUGUCGAGUAUGCACAGUAUGGUGACUUGCUUGGGUACCUGAGGAAGAGCCGAGGAGUUCGAGAUAACUACUACAGUGAUCCCUCGGUAGAGCCCCGCACCAGCCUCACUUCUAAGCAACUGCUUCGGUUUGCUUGGCAGAUCAGUGAUGGAAUGGACUACUUGUCGAAGAAAAAGGUUAUAAAGUCACCUGUUGUGUUUCCAUAUGAUAGCUAGAGAGCAUUGUUACAACAAUUCAAAAAUUUAAUCUGCGACUAACUCGCUGCUACUUUGCUCACAGGAUGUGUUGGAGAAGUCUGUGUGUUCCAAGAUUUCAUUACCCUUACCAAUCUUGCUAACUCUGGGACAUUAAGGCCCUUCAGAUAAAUACGUUAUAAUUAUUACUAUUCUAAUGUUGAUUUUUGUAAGUAUCAGGACAGAAGUAUAGAUACGAAUAUCUAUGUUAACCCAAGUAGUUCGAAAUUCAAUUUAUAGCUAUAUUUCGUCACUAGAUCAUUCAUCGCGACUUAGCCGCGAGAAAUGUUUUGGUUGGUGACGAAGACGUUUGCAAAAUCACAGAUUUUGGAAUGGCCAGAGAUGUUUGGGAAGAGGAUAUAUAUGUUCGAACCCACGAGGUAAUUCUUCACAACAUAUUUGGAAAUAACUUGUAUCUGAGCCGAUUGAUUUAAAAGAGUGUACUUGUUAAAAAAAAGCACAGUUGUUAGAAGUUACUAAACAGCCUACGUGAAAUUAACCUGCUCAUCAUUUGCAAAGUGUGCACGUUUGCGAUAGGGCAAUUUAAUAUAACAUAAACGAUAACUUUCAGUUUCGAAAUACAAUAUGGAGAGAAAGUGUUUAAACUCACUCAUGAUUAUGUUAUUGUGAUCUUUGGUUUUAGGGCCGUCUUCCUAUUAAAUGGACGGCUCCCGAGGCUCUAUUUGGAAGUGGUGCAUAUACGACACAGAGUGACGUGUGAGUUUGUUUUGUACAUAAACAUUCGCCCAAAUAUCACGAGAACAUAUUGUGAAAUUCCCUGAAAUAAUCAAAAUCAUAGCAGCGUGCGUGCAAGUUCUAUCAAAUUGCUAAAAAGCCACCUUGGUAAAAAUUCUUAAUUUCGCAAUGGCCAUGCACCCAUAAGAUGACAUGUUUGGUUUUACUUCGGCUGAAACUUCCCGUUCAGUUUAGCAGCGAAGUUCCAAAUUUUCAAGACUUUUUUUCUGUUCUAUCCCGAUUGAGAUAGACCUUAGGAAGCUCAAAAUGGAAAGAAAAUAUGCUAAAUAGUACUCGUUUCGAAAAAAGAUUAACAUGUCGCUGUUUCAAGCGACGAAAUUACUUUCUGAGUUGACGAAACUUAAUUCUUAAACGCGAUGAGAUUUAUGACAGAAAAUAAAACUGGGUUUUGUGACUUAAACUGAACCUUUGCGACGUGAAGGACUCUGCAUUAGAACGGUAAAUAUUAUUUUGAAGUUUUGAUGUGUCCCAAAAGUGUUGUUUAAAAGAAGAUUUUGUUUUGAAGGAGUUCAGAAUUUUCCACACAAAGCUACGCAAUUUUCUGAUCAUAAAUUCAGGUAAACAACCAUUAAAGCAGGUAAAUCUUCCACCCGGGUCUCGUAAAUGCAAGAAGUUUUGAAAGUUUUUCGUUUCGAUUUUUGAACGAUUGAUAUAUUUAUAUGUGUCGAUCUUUCUUAAAAGUAUUUUCCAAUAGAAUAUUUACUAUUUUAGAACCGUGCAAUUUUAAAAUUUUCAAAAUUUUCAACACAAACCUACACAAUUUUAUGGCCGUGAAUUCUGGUAAACAACGAUUCAAGCAUGCUGAAUCUUAUGCGCGAUAUCGCGCUUGUAAGAAUUUCGUUCGUUUUUCGCCUUCUGAGCAGAAAAUUUACAAUUAUUUGAGUAAAUAUUUCUCGGUCGUUUUUGCCGGGUAAUGUGUCCAUAGUUUUUGGUUAGAACAGCUGACAGUUACCUGGUGGACCCAAUACAGUUGUAGUGAGGUCUCUUUUAUUUGGAGUGCGAUUUGUGUCUGCAUACCAUUUUAUGAAAGAAUUGGUUCAUGCUUCAGCUUUGCGUAUAUCGAGUUAUGGUUGCACGCGGGAAGUUAGAAUUACGCUUCUCUCGUGCGCUCCAAACUUCCAGCGUGCAUCCAGAACUCGAUAUACGCACGCUAAGCAUGGAUCAAUUCUUUCAUAUUUUGCGUUUGAACACGGGACGAUGGUCUGGAUUGUGGGAAUCUCAGUUAAGAAGUAAAACGAUAAGAGAAUCAACCCCUUUUUUUGUUUCUGUUUUACAUUUUGUGUUAUCAAAUAAUUUUGGUUGACUAGUUUUGGCUCGUUUCAUUGAGAUCAACGAAAUUAUAUUCAAUGCAAUUUUCUCUUAGUUCUCUUUCAAACCGCUUUUAUCAGCUUCUGAUGUUCAGCUCCGGAAAUAUACUUUUCCAAAACAAGAAUGGACAACUGAAAGGACUUGAUAUUGUCAUUUAACUGACUGGCUAAGCUUCGUUAACCCACUUACUUCCAAGAUCUCAUCAGAAAUUCCCCUUAAUCUUUGUCAUUCAAUUCUUAUGAUGUUACUUUGGAGAAUCUGGCAUUGGAUCAAAUAAAAAUCCCUUUAUUGAUAAUUUUCUUUAUUCUCGUGACUUGUCUGCUAGUAUUGCGAUAUUGUAAGGAGAAAUUGUGUCUCGAUCACUCAUGAGAGUUAAAGGGUAAAGCUAAGGCACUGUUCCCAGGUUCAAGCUCUCCAUCCUGCUUCUCACUGGAUUUCGUCUUUGUUGCCCCCCUCCAGUUAAAUUGGCCUCCUGCCAGUUGGGGCUCUUAAACAUUAUGGGCCGGUAAUUUAAACCAGAGCCGUUCUUUCACAAAAUUGCGUUCUAAGCCAUCUUCAAUUUUUCCGAACCUUUUAUCUGAUUAAUGUUUAUUUUCAAUUUGUUUAAACUGGAAGGCCAUAAUUUUAUAAGUUUUUAACUGAUCAGUGUUAACUUCAGCAAACAAAGUGUUUUUAUCAUUCAAAUGAAGCAAAACAUUUGAAUAGGCUCGCGUUUUUACUAUUAUAUAAAUUUAGGUGGAGCUUUGGUGUGGUCAUGUACGAGAUCUUCACUGUCGGUGAGUUAAAAUUUGAGCUGAAAAAAUGCUCUUACUAAAUGCAUAGAUGCAAGCGGCUCUGUGAUUUUCAAGUAUUUCCUUAAGACGCACUCGUUAUGUGAAGUUGUUAGCGACCAGGCAAAAAAACAAAAGAGAUAAUAACAGAAAAAAAAACAAAAAAAACGAAGAAAUACAGCGAUAAGGUCCUGGGAUCCCAAAAUUGCUCUCAAAGGAAACUCCUUCCUGACAUUCCGUAUUCAGUAAACAACGCUUGUUUCUGUCAUGGGGUUUUCACAUACUAUUGUCUGUGCACGUCGUCAGUCGAAUAACGCUUCUUAAGAUUCACUAUGAUGUUUUAGGUACUCUUUUUCUAAUAAGGAUUACACGAUUCCUAGUUUCCAUUUAAUAACUUUUUAAAUUUUCUUUUAACACUUAAUAGGUGGUGACCCGUUUCCAGGGGUGUAUAUGAGAGAUAUCCCAGCCAUGUUGAAGAACGAGUACAGGAUGCCGCGCCCAAAAUUUGUCAGUGCAAAACUGUAA